ACUCUGCGAUAGUGUGUUCCACUUGUGUAAAUCACAUUCCACGGUAAACGUUACGCACCGUACGGUGUCGGUUCAUUUUUAUUCACCCGGUCUCAGAAAUUAGGUCACGUAGCAGACAGAUGAACAGCCAUGUGUGAACCAGACGUUAAAAACACGGAGAACUCCGUUAUUUCCGGUCCACUCCAGUGCUACCCCCUGCGGCUCCACCCUGGGCAGGAGAUCACAGGCACCCUGCUGGAGUUUGUUCGCGCCAACAACCUCACGUCUGCCUUCGUCUUGUCCUGCGUGGGCAGCGUGACCAAGGCACAGCUUCGGAUGGCCGCUGGAGAGUUGAUCCGCUAUUUCGAAGGUCACUAUGAAAUCGUCUCCCUUGUCGGAACUCUCUCGGGCGGUGAGCGGGGUCACCUCCACAUUUCCUUGAGCGAUGAGCACGGGGAGGUCAUCGGGGGUCACGUCAUCGGUGACCUCAUCGUCUACACCACAGCGGAAGUGAUGAUCGGCAACACCGCCGGGGUGGCGUUCUCACGACCUUUAGACCAAGAGACCGGAUUUGAUGAAUUAGUUAUAGAGAAAACGAAGUGACCAUUAUGAUGAAUUAAUCAUAUGUCUAAGUAAUUGAAAUAUUUAAUAAUCAUCGACUAUCGUUUUUUUUUAUUGCAAACAAUUUUUUAAUUAACUUACGGAACAUAUUAUGCUCAACACAUAUCACUGUUUUGGUGAAACUACUUAAAACAUUCAAAAUGUUUUAAUAUUAAAAUGAGUAUAUCAAGUUAUUAAAUAAUUAGCCAUGAUGCAUGUAUUAAAUUACAAGAUUAAUUGAGAUUAUGAGCACACGCAGGGUUAUGGUUCUUGUAUGGGAGCUCAUGUUUUGUUUGCGUCAUAACGAUUGUUGAGUAAACUAAUGUUAAUUGUUAUCCAUAGCUUUGUGAUUAUGUAAUUUGAAUAUACAUAUAAAUAUUAUAUAUAUAUAUAUAUAUAUAUAUAUAUAUAUAUAUAUAUAUAUAUAUAUAUAUAUAUAUAUAUAUAUAUAUAUAUACCUAUUCAGAUCACUUUUAAUUGUUUUAUUUAAUUUCAAUUUUUUUUUCUAAAUGUUUGUUAGACUUGGGGUGCUCAAGAACAUGCAUAUUCCCAUAUUCCUAAAUAUACAUAUGCACAUACAUAUUAUGUGUGUGUGUGUAUAAUGUAUAAAUGCGCAAUAAUAAACUGUCUUGCAUUGUUGUGCUACCCCCCCCCCCCUCAACGAAAUAGGAAUUUAUAUAGAAAACAUACACUUCAACCAGUAUGAAAGGAACACUGUACCCAAGCACUUUUAAUUGGUUUGCUAAACUAUGUAUGGAUCUAUGUUGAUCAGUAUUGUUUGAACUUCCUUUACGGAUAUAAUCGAAUGAUCGUUGUAUUCAAUACCAGAGAAUUUUUAAAAAGAUUAACGGACUUAGUUUACAAUGUAUGACACGACAUAAUUAACUGAUUCCUUACAAUAUGCACACACACACACCGCAAAUCGUUUUGAUGAACUUUUGUAUAUGUAAACACGCCAAUAUAACUUGCGUUGUGAUAUUACACUUACCUAGAAAAACUGUUAUAAAACGACCACAUCAGCUUUUACAAACAGAAAAACCAAUAUCUGUAUUAUCAUGUAAAUAAA